AUGUCUCGAGUAGUCGUUACAGGGAUAGGCUUGAUUACGCCGCUUGGAACUGGACUCAAGCAUACAUGGAAGAAUCUCAUCAGUGGGAAAUCUGGAAUUGUCCUGACUUCUGUGUUGCCAGACUUUGAGUCAGGUAAGUGGAAUCAGGUACCCAGUAAAGUCGUAGGCAGGGUUCCUAUUGGCUCGAAAGAGACAGGAGGUUGGAAUGUCCUUGAGCAUUUGGAAGCUUCUGAGGCUAGGAGAUUGGCUCUCUUUGCACAAUACGGUCUUGCUGCAACUGCCGAGGCCAUUAACGACUCCAAGAUAGAUCUAGAAAGCCUUGAUAAAUCCAUGGUAGGUGUGGCAGUAGGCCUGGGCAUUGGUUCAUUUCCUGAUGCGUACGAUAACUCUGUUGCGUUUGAAACUGGCGGCUACAAGAAGGUCCAGCCCUUGUUCAUUCCCAAAUUGCUCAAUAAUAUGGCUGCUGGUAAUAUAUCUAUAAAGUAUGGCUUAAAGGGACCACUUCAUUCCGUAUCUACGGCAUGCGCUACCGGACUCAAUGCUAUUGGUGAUGGCUUCAACUUCAUCAAAAACGGGUAUGCUGAUGUCAUGAUUUGUGGUGGAUCCGAGGCUUCGCUACAUCCGCUAGCAUUGGCUGGGUUCGCAAGGGCAAGGUCGGUAGUGACUGACUUUGCAGAUGAGCCACAUGCAGCUUCAAGACCAUUUGAUGGAUCUAGAAGUGGAUUUGUGUUGGGAGAGGGCUGUGGUAUUCUAAUACUUGAAGAGCUAGAGCACGCUAAAAGAAGAGGCGUAUCUCAUUUCUACGGAGAAGUCACCGGGUACGGCCUUUGCGGCGAUGCUCAUCACAUAACUGCACCUGAAGCUUCUGGAGAGGGUGCUUUCAGGGCCAUGGAAAUGGCUGUCAAGCGAUCUGGCUUGGAUCCAAGUGAAAUUGGCUACGUGAAUGCCCAUGCAACAUCAACAGUGAUCGGAGACCGUGCAGAAAAUGAAGCGAUAAGAAGAUUGUUUGGGGCUAAUAGCGAGUUGUGUGUUUCUUCUACUAAAUCUUCCAUCGGUCACCUUCUAGGGGCCGCGGGCGCCGUUGAGGCUGCUUUCACUUUGAAGGCUUUGGAGACGGGCGAUAUUCCACCAACAUUAAACUUGAAGAAUAUCGGUGGGCACAAAGAUGACAACGUUGAGAGUUUUUCCAAGUUCAACUACGUUCCAAACAAAAGCAUACACAAAAACAUCAAUCAUGCAUUAUGCAAUUCUUUUGGCUUUGGAGGAGUCAACAGCUCUGUUGUAUUUUCUAAAGUAAAAGAAGUAUAA